UGUCGUUCACAGUUUGUGUUAUUUACGCUUCCUUAGAAGCUGAGAUGGCGAGUAAACUGUCUAUUCGUAAGGCACAGGUACACGUGCCGGACACGUGUGCGUGGUGUGAUAGUGUACAAGACGUAAACUGGUACUGUAAUGACUGUCAGGAGGCUUUGUGUGACAAAUGUAAGGAGACCCAUCAGCGCGCGAGGAGGACCAGGAAUGACGAAGUUGUACCGAUAAAACAGGCGAACAAACAAGCCGAGGUGGUACCACCAGAGGUAUGUAAGAAACACCCCGGUAAAACAUGCGAUCUGUUCUGUACAGAGUGUAACGUCGCCAUUUGUUCAAUGUGUUUUACACAGAAACAUAAACAGCACGCAUUCAAACAUUUUGAAGACGAAAUUAACACCCAGAAACAUUACAUGCGUGAGCAGUUGGAAACAUUAAAAUUCAAGUUAGAUCAGUUCAAUGAGAAGUUAUCAAACCGUCGGAAAGAGAGCACAGCAUUCAAAGAAAGUGUCAAUAUUAUCUGUAAAGAUGUGAAAGAGCGGGGAACAAAGCUGAAGGCAGAAAUAGAUUCUAUAGUGGACAAUGUCCUUGCUGAAUUAUCAUCACUGGUUGCUGAAGAAGACAAACUCCUUAAACAGGAUUGUGAACAUGAUGAUAAAAGUGUUAAACAAAUAAAGCAGCUGAUCGAAGAAGUGGAGCAGCAGUCGGAAAAUCCAUCAAGUGGAACUUUGUUUGAGCUGACGAGGAGACUGAGGACCACCAUACCACUUUAUGACGUUACUGGUACGAGUACACAUCUAUACCUACCAAGUUUUGAAACCGGACAAAUUGAUAUAGAACAGUUGACAAAAAUGAUCGGAUUUGUUAAGGCCGGGAGUAGGAAUGAUUCAACGCCCAUGUAUGAGAAGAAGGAUAUCAAUAAUCAACAUGUCCGAAAACUUACUUCAUUCCAAACCCCUCAAAACAAAUCCAUACUAUCCAUAUGUCUAAUAGACGACACCUAUGCAUGGAUAUCAAGGUUUGAGUGUCUGGACCUACUCCGAGUCAAUAAAAAGGGAAACGUAACGGAGACUGUGAAGCUUGAUGUUGCACCUUGGAGUUUGGCUUUGGCCGAAUCUGGACUACUGAUGACACAACGUGAUCAUUCAGCAUUGAUACACAAACUGUCGGAAGACAGACGAGUGACGACCUUUGCCGACAUCAGUCCAUUAAAGGCCCAUAGUAUCGGUGUUCGUGACACAGACGAAGUGUUCGUUAGUACUGACACUGCAACAAUACUGGUACUGAACAUGUCUGGGGAGAAGGUUAGACAACUCUCGUAUGGACAGGACUGGUGUCGUGUAUUAUGUUUGACUGGAGGAAAUGUCGCUGUUAGCACUGGAGACGGUUUCUGUCAAGACCUGAAUAUCAUCGACAAAUCAGGUCAGAUCAUACACACGUGGAGUGGAGAACUGGACAAUGGUCAGACGCUAUCCGGAACGAUUCAGAAUAGUAUAGCAUGUGAUAAAUAUGACAGGGUAUUUGUACCAGACUUAGAUACUAACCAGGUAUACGUCAUCUCACGGAAUGAGGAAAAAGCAAACUGUAUCCUGGACGAGAAACACGGAGUACGACAUUCAGUGGCAGUAGGUGUAGACAGGUGUGGACAUGUUUGGAUCGGCUGUAGUGAUGGUACAGUGCAUGUUAUGCAACUCUAAUCAACCAGGAUAUACAGCUGUAGAUAAACUAUAGAUGGUGGGAUACUUCAAUUCAUAUUCCUUACAAUGACAGUUUAACUCUUUUUGAAGUAGUCGUCGAUUGUUGCGACUGUUAGGUUUUAUACUUGUACAUAAACACCACUUCAUUUUACCUUUUCUUAUAUCGAUUGCUUUACCUCCUCAUAUAGCCUGUCCCGUUUUUCUUGUUUUAUGAUUGUCGAUAUAAGCCACAAGAACCUGAAAGCAAGUUAUUUAGAUGUUCUGUUUUUUAAUCAAAUGUGGAAAUACAUUUAUGGAUGAAAUGACGGCCGGCAUAUGUUUUAAUCGCUUGACUUUUAAAGUAGAACCUGUCUGUCCUUAUCAUAGCCUAACUCAUCCGACCAAUAAGUGUCUAGUUUACAUCUUGCUCGUGUCUGAUUCACUCAGAGAGGAAUAUAUGAAGUAAUCACGUGAAGUACCGAGUCAAAUGUUUCUAUGUCAAAACCAACAGUAGAUGUAUUGUGUCAGUAACACCGGCUUGAUGUUAAAUGUUUUGUAUUUUGCUUUUGCUCACUUUGAUACCCCCAUCCUAUUUCUUCACCUCCAUCCGUAUGAUUAUGCUAGAAACUAUUUUAUCAAACAUAUUCAUUUACUGUGCAUUGUCACUAUGUAAUAUUUUCAAACAAAAUAGAAAGUUAUCAUAAUUUCUAUACAUAAUUCCCAUUGGUAUAGUGAUAUUUAGAACAAAGUUUGUAACGUUACUAAAAGACGUUUUUUUGCUUGUCGUCACUAUAUAAAUUGUAUCAUGUCACGAAAAUUCUUACUACCAGACUAAAAAAAAGUUAAGUUAUGUUGUAUAAAAAGAUCGUCAAAAUGGAAUACAUCAAAAUGUUGAUUUUCAAUGGAUGGUUUUGUGGUUUUUUUCACGAACUUUAUUAUAAAGCAACCUCCGCUAAACUGGAAUAUAUUAGUGCAGUGAUAAAUUAACUCGCCCAUAAUACUUAUAAUGAAAACAAUCUACACGAAAUAUUCUUAGCACAAUAUUAAUUAAGAAGGAGAGUUCCAGCGCUAAAAUCCCUAAACUUACGCUAAAAUAUGUACGUUGACAUCAUGUGUUUAAAGUGUCGGUAUUAAAGUCGAACAAGAAUCAACAAUAUACAUAUUUAAGUAAUGAUGUCAAAUUUUCAGGAAAAGGAUUCGGAGGUUAAUCCGUGAUUUGUGGAUAUUUUGUUGUAGAUAUCGCUAUUGUAUACGGAUAUUGUGUUAUAUAUAUUGAUAGUAUAUACAAUUGUGAUGAUAGAUAAACAUUCUUACAAGUAUAUAUAACACGUGAUUGUGGAUAUUGUGUAAUUGUCUUAUACGGAUAUUGUAUAGAUUUCCUAUAUGUACGCUAAGCGUACUUCAAGCUUCAUGGUUUAUUUUUGAUAGGAUGUCAAUUAAUGAAAUCUGAAGAUAGGAAUGUUAAGCGAGAAGUUGUCACGUGUUCGUAUGUAUUGUGUCUUAUAGUGUUUCGUGAGAGUGUGAGAUCCUCGUAACUACGGUAACAGGCUAUGGCUAAUCAAGGUCGAAGGUCAGUCUUGUUUUUUGUUGGAUCGCUAGCUUUAGAGAUACUGGUUUAUAAUUAAGCUUGCAGGAAAGUAUAUGAGAGGGACAUCCUGUUGAUGUUUGUGACAUACGCGUGGUAUUGACGAGAGAGAACGCUGUGUUGUGAAUAAAGGGUCAUCACUGUAAA